AUGCGCAAGAAACGAGAGAUUUCACUGGCGCAAGCAGCAUUUGUUUCAGCUGGAGCUGAAGGGAAUCCUGACGUAAUUGAUUGGGAUGAGUUUACUAUUAUUGGAACAUGUCAAAAACUCGAAAAGCCGUAUCUUCGACUCACUUCGGCACCUGACCCAACUACAGUACGUCCUCUUCCAAUUCUUAAACAAACACUUGACUUGCUCAAAUCAAAAUGGAAGAGUGAGCACAACUAUACUUUUAUUUGCGAUCAAUUUAAAAGUCUCCGACAAGAUUUGACAGUUCAACGGGUCAAAUCAGAGUUUACAGUAAAGGUAUACGAAACCCACGCACGCAUCGCACUUGAAAAAGGGGAUCUUGGCGAAUAUAAUCAAUGUCAAGCGCAACUCAAGCAACUUUACAACAUCUACAAGCUACCUGGAAGUACAGAUGAGUUUAUUGCGUACCGAAUCAUUUAUAUGUUACACACGAUGAACAAGCGCGAUUUGUUCAAUACAAUUAGUGAGCUGGGUGAGCAAGACAAGAAAGGAGAAUGUGUGCAAUAUGCCCUAGCUGUUCGCUCUGCAUUAACGUCUAGCAACUACCAUAUGUUGUUUGGUUUAUAUCAUCAGGCACCCAAAAUGUGUGGGUAUUUGAUGGAUCAUUUCAUGGAACGAGAACGGCAAAAAACACUAUGCAGUGUGUUGAAAUCGUUCCGACCUAGCGUGGGUUUAGAGUAUCUUGCAGUUGUGCUGGGAUUC